GCGAUUCCGUCGCCGCUCUUCCGCGCGCGUACGCUCGCUCAGUUUGUAUUCGGUAUUCAGCUCGAUUCUGUUCGACGACGAGCGAUACGUUUGAUUGUCGCGAUUCGAAUCGGCGGCGUAACUCCGAUCGCGGCCGAAACGAUCUUACGGUGGAUUGGGGCGAUCGUAACGAAAAGUUAAUCUCCGCGAGAUUCGGUCAGAACGAACAGAAGGAAAGAGUGCUGCACAUUUUGUGCCAUUGGUUUUCAAGUGGUUUAAAAGGAAAAGCGAGUAGAGGAAUCGACGUGGGAAGAUGCUGCCGCCGCGAAUACUCGGUCUGCUGGUGAUUCUUCUCGCCGUGCAAGGCUCGUUCCACGUGCAGGCCAAACCCACGAAGAGUACUGAAGAUUUGAAUUACGAGGACGAUACACCUUUCGAAAAGGAUCCGAAGGAAGAGGAGUACGAAGACGCCGCGCCUGAUGCAUCGCCGCAAAUCUUAUCACAUUCACAGAGUUUUCGUGUAUUCGCCGGAAAUACUAUUAUACUCCCCUGCCAGGUGGUUCAUUCAGAGGACUACGCGAUCAUCUGGUCGAGGGACAAUGAGUACUUGUACGUCGAAUCACAGCCGCAAAUAUCCGACCACAAGAGGGUCGUGCGACUGCCGAAUAAUAGUCUGGCGAUUUACAACGCAACGGUCAACGAUUCGUCCAACAAUUACAAGUGCAGCAUCCGGCUGGGAAACUCCGAUACCGUCGAUGUAAUUCACCGUGUACUGGUCGAUCCCGUCGACAAGAAACCACACGGAAUCAUACGUGUAGUACCCGAGAGCCGGAUCAAAGUGAAACAAGGUGACAGCGUCAGGCUAGGCUGCGAGACGGACAUUCAUCCUCAACUUGAAAUCAAAUGGUUCAUUGAGAACAUGAAGGUGGAUGAUUACGAUCCUAACGUGAUCGUGGAGGACAAUUACAUUGUGAUAAAGAAGGCUAACAAAUCCCACAGCGGCUUGUAUCAGUGCCUCGCUGAGGAUGGCUCGAAAAAUCCACCGAUGGAAGCGAUCACCGUCAGCGUGCUAUACCCUCCGGAAUUAGAAGUGAAGCGAAACAUGAUUCACAGCGGCACCGGCAUCGAGUCGGAGAUGACGUGCAUCGUAAGCGCCAAUCCGCCAGCUAUAAUGAAGUGGUUUAAGGAUGAUAAGGAGAUCAUACACAAAAAGGGAUCGAUAGUGAUACACCACGGAUCGAUGAAGAAUAAUAAGACCAAACACGUCUUGAAAAUCUUGCACACUUCGGUAAAGGAUUUCGGCGAGUACAGAUGUGUUGCGGAGAACUUCCUGGGUAACGAGACUAAAUAUAUCACCUUAACAGGUACGCCAUCGCAAGCGAAAAUAGCUGGCGCCGAAAUGUCUAAUGAUGAUGCGAAAAUAAUUCUGAAAUGGCACCUGGAGAGUUACUCGCCGAUCAGCGAUUCCAUACUACAAUACCGUCGUAAGGGUGAUGAAAAGUGGAACAUUGUCCACCCCAAAGUCAAAGAAAACGAUAAAGAAAAUGAAUUUACUGUGGAGCAUCCGAUUGAAGAACUUCAGCCCGGAUCCUACGAAGCAAUUCUUACGGCUAAAAACGAUUUCGGAUGGUCUACGGCGUCGGAGCCACAUAUGUUUACUGGUGAUUACCCGCCUGAAAUGUACGGAAAGGCAGUGACAAAAGAAGGAAACUCGGCUGCUCUUCGAUCUUCCGGAAUUCUUCUAGCGUUGAUCCUAGUCGUUUUAUCUUGUGCCUUCACAAGCCUGUAAUUCUUUACUUAACUCUGUAAACUAUGUAGGUAAUUUGCUGCAGCCAAAGCAAACACCAGCAGACGCCAUGGUGGGUUUAUUAGCGUAGGAACACUUAGGGAAGGCGCAAUUCGUGUACGCACUUUCAGUACAAAUCCCGAUAUACUCUGCAAUUUUUCGUAUUACUACGUAUUAUUUGCGUAAUAAAUUUUUUUUCGUAUGAACAUUACCCCACAUUUGAUAUACUAAUGUAUAGUUUUUGUAGCUGAAAAUUUUUCGUCAACAUUGCAUGACAUGCAAUUCGCCUAGGUGUUCCAUUAAGAUGCAUUGUAAAAGAAAGAGAAACGAGCAUUUGAAUUGUACUCCGCAAAAUCACGAAUAAUUAUUAAGGGGUAUUGUACUUUAAAAUAUAUAUAUUUAUAUAUCUCUAUAUCUCUAUCUCCGCACACACACACACGAAUAUAUGCCUACGUGCAUGUGUAUAUGCGUGUGUAUGUGUAUCAUAACAUAGUAUUCACUGUACAUGCGUAAGCUCACAGAGAGACACACAAUCAUAUUAUUAUAAUUUAUUUUUGUAUGCUUUAAGAUUAUUAGAGUCAUGUUCAAAGAUGUCGCUUGGUGCCAUGUACACGAAUCUAUUACUUUCGAAGAAUCAUGUACAAAAAAAACGGCAUCUGAUCUGUUGUCCGCGCUGCAUGCCUGAAACGGGCGUGUGGCUAAAAUAUGUAAUGACAGAGAAGCGAGUGGAAUGGAGAGUACACUAUUACGAUAAUACAACAUAUAUAACUGAUAGCCGGCACAGAGCACAGAGUUGGAAGCAAUCAUGCCACAAUCGUCGUAUAAGGAUUACGCGUUAACGCUAACGUUCACGUUCCCGCAUGUUUGCUUCCAACGAAAGAGCGAAUCUUUUUCUUUUUUUAUUUACAUUUAUGUUUUGAAUGUGUAUAUGGUUGCGACGCGCGUGUAACGAAUGAUUGAAGCGCGAGUAUGCGAGAGAAUGACGUUCUAUAAACGUUUUCCACAAUAGUUUGCUAGCUUUUAGCGCUGCUAUGUUGUUAUAUUGAUUUAUAAUUAAAAUGUUACACAUAGUACUUUUACAAAUGAUCGUAAUCGUACACAAAAACUGCCCAUUUUAGAAACGGUGUGCUUGACAUAGUUAUCGUGACAUUACAGCACUAUAAUGUGGGAGAAUUAUUUUUUCUGUAAAAUUUUCAGGACAUUAUGCGUAACAAAACUAACACAUAUAGGUAUAACUUUCAUUUCUUAAAACUGAUGUAUUUUAUUUUAUAUUUUGAAUAAUAAUUAAAUAUUAAUUGUGAAAAUUUUUACUUAUGUAUUUUGAAAAUGUUACCGCAAAAUUGAAUUAUCUUUUCUUUAUUAUAUUGUUAAGAAUAGUAUUUUUCGAACAAAUUUUUUUAAAUUAUGUUUACAAAAAUCGCAGAUGCUUCGUAGCGACAAUAGUAAAGCAGAAUGUUGCUCUGUAUUUAUUUCGUCACAUCGAGUGUAUCGUGGUUCUUUAAAAAUUUUCUUAUCAGCACAAUUUUACAAUUUAUAAGAUUUAUUUAUGAGCGAAAUAUAAAAUAACUAAUAUGUGAAAUGCAAUUGAUUGGAUGUAAAAAAAUUUAAUUUCUAUUAUCAACACGCGUUGAUUAUUUAUUAUUACGGGUUCUCCAAAAUGUUCAUUAUUUUUAAUAGAAAUCAGCAAAAUUAAUUAACACAAAUUAAUUAGACUCAACACUGUAAAAAUGUGUAAUAUAUCCUUAUAUGUCACAUACCGAACAGCAUCAUUUUAAAUUAAUUGCGCAAUUUUAUUUUAUAGAUAUAAAUAUAUAUAUGUACAUAUAAAAAAUUAUUUUAAACCGUGUCGGCAAUAUACAUAUAUAAGAGAAAUUAUCAAUCAGAAUGCUUACAAGAUAUUAUACCAAUACGCAACACACCUGAUGUGCAUAUAAAUAUAGCUUCUACCGUUGCCUUAAUCAGUGUAACAUGUACAAUCAAGAAUAAUGAAAGAUAUAUUAAUUCAUAAGAUUAUACUUGCAAAUCGAUAAUAAACACAGUACACCAAUA